AGAACUCCUCGCACAACACCGACGACUGCAUCACGCUGAAGAAGGCCAUCGAGCGUCUUAUUCGUCAGGGGGAACUCUCCCAGUUUGUUAAAGGUGGCCCACACAAGAAUACAUGGGUAAACACCGGCAAACAGGGGGGCGGACCCUCUACGAAGAAGCGGGAGAUUGGCAGGCUCAGCGACGACGAGGACUUCGAAGAGCCCCCGCCAAAGAAGAAUCACAUUCACCUCAUUGUGGGUGGGAACAUUGGGGGGGACUCCGUCACCCAGAGAAAGAAAUGGGCCCAAUCCCUCUACAUUGGGGAGGUGUCCCACGUUCCCCCCCAGCCGAAGAAGCAGCGAACGGAGGCGAUCACUUUCACCGACAAGGAUUGGCCUCCGGGUACAGAAUCACAUAGGGACGCCCUCUUCAUCCGGUGUGAGAUCAGUGACACCAUCAUCCACCGCACUUACAUCGAUACGGGGAGCUCCGUCAACGUGAUGUACCUGGACACCUUCAGGCAGCUGAAGCUGGACAGAGCUCUGCUGAAGCCGAUCAAGACACUGUUAUCCGGCUUCACCAGGGACUCUAUCGACGCCGAGGGCACGAUAGUCCUCCCCGUGGAGGUCGGUGACGGCCCCCACCGCGCCAAAAUUGACAUGGAGUUCAUGGUGGUCCACCUCCAGUGCGCCCACAACCUGAUCUUAGGGCGGCCAGCACUGGAGGACUUAGAGGCCAUCAUCUCCAUGAAGCCUUUGUGUCUGAAGUUCCCCACCAAUGACGGCAUCGGCUACGCCAGAGGAAACCAGAGGAUAGCCAGAGCAUGCUACCUCAAACUGACGAGGCCGGCCGAGAGGGAAGGUCAGAGGAUAGACACCAUCACGGCAGCCGUUGCCAAAGACGAGGAGAGGCCGCAUGCUGAGCCGGCCGAGGAGGUUGAGGAAGUCCCUCUGGAUACCUCCCGGCCGGAGCGGGUUCUCAGAGUCGGGAAGCAACUCCCGCAGGACCAGCGGGACGCCAUCCUCCUCGUCCUACGCUCGUACGCCAUUGUCUUCGCGUGGGGCCCGGACGAUAUGCCAGGCAUCAGCCGCCAGGUGAUCACUCACCGGCUGACCGUCGAUCCGGCCUCCGCGCCUGUCAAGCAGAAGCGGCGCUACUUAUCCGCCGACAGGCGGGACUUUGUCAAAGGGGAGGUCGUCAUGCUCCUCUCAAUCAACCACAUUAAAGAGGUGAAGUACCCGACGUGGCUGGCCAACGUCGUCCUCGCCCAGAAACCGCCAACAUUCAGAAUGUGUGUUGAUUACACUGACCUGAACAAGGUGUGCCCCAUGGACCCGUUCCCUCUCCCCAACAUUGAUCAGCUGGUGGACGAGACGGCGGGGUGCGAGUUGAUGUCGUUCCUUGACGCUUUCAGAGGGUACCACCAAAUCUCCAUGCAUGAAGAUGACGCUGAGAAGACGACAUUCAUGACCCCAGAGGGAAUCUUUUGCUACCUCGUCAUGGCCUUCAGACUCAAAAACUCCGGCGCCACCUAUACUAGGAUGGUGGCCAAGAUCUUCAGAGCGGUCCUUGGCCGGACGAUGGAGGCAUACGUCGACGACAUGAUCGUCAAGAGCAGGCAGGCCUCCUCCCACGCCGACGACCUCCGGGAAAUCUUUGAAAUCAUGAAGGAGUUCAGGCUCCGCCUCAACCCCAAGAAGUGCGCCUUCGGCGUCCAGGGCGGCAAGUUCCUCGGCUACAUGGUCAGCCGGAGAGGCAUCGAGAUAAACCCGGAGAAGACAUAGGCUAUCAUCAACAUGGAGCCACCCCGCAACGUCAAGGAAGUACAGCGACUGACGGGGCGCCUGGCGGCCCUGAACCGUUUCCUCUCCAGGUCAGCCGAAAGGGCACUCCCCUUCUUCCAGAUCAUGCGUAAAGCCAACAGCUUCAAGUGGACGACGGAGUGCCAGGAAGCGUUCGAAGAGAUGAAGAGGUACCUAUCGUCCCCACCCGUGCUCUCCAAGCCCAAAGCCGGCGAAACCCUCUUCUUAUACUUAGGGGUGAGCACGUCGGCCAUCAGCUCCGUGCUCAUCCGUGAGGACGAAGGGGUGCAGAAGGCCAUCUUCUACAUCAGCAAGACACUCAGGGAAGCCGAGCUCAGGUACUCCCCCAUUGAGAAGACGGUGUUGGCCAUCGUCCAUACGGUGAAGAAGCUGGGGCACUACUUCCAGACCCAUAUACUCAAGCAACUCCUUCACCCCUCACACUCUUCGGCCUGAAGCAGUGGGGGACUGGGGGACUACAUCGGCCUCAAUAAUACAGACAAAGGAAAAAUGCACACAAAUGUAACCACAAAGCAUGGCCACAUCGUCCAUGUAUCACAACGGUGCCAAGGUUGUCGUGACUCCAUUUCCGGCCAGGUACUUUGGACAACACGGCGCCUCGUCGGCCAAAGGCACAUAACAUCAUCAACAACGGCCAACAAGCCACCUAAGGCAAGGACAUUCAUCGUCCUCCGCCAACAGUUAAUCAUAAUGGGCUCUUCGGCCAAGAACACGAAAGCCAAUCAGCGACGGCCAAAAGGAGUGCGCAAGCACCCUCAUCGGCCACCCAUUGGAAAGGACGCCCAUCGUCCUCGAAGCAAGGUUCAACCUCAACGGCCUCAUCAGCCCAAAUGUAAAUCUCAACCAUCAAUGACCAAGAAAGGGAAAACGCGCCUUCAACGGCCACCAUCGAAGCAGGACACUCAUCGUCCCCAAACGAACACACCAAGGAAACAACGGCCUCCCCGUCCACAGCGAGGAGCAGGUAACGACCAAGCACAGAACAAGAUCACCAAAAUGGAAACAGCGCCAACGCCGCAACAGCUAACGGCCUGGGAGUGCCCGCAUCGGCCAAAAGCACCAAAGCACGGGAAUCUACUCUCCUUCACUUCGUCUACGUCUCAGCUUAGAGAGUGGGGGACUCCUGAUGGAGUAUAUGGGUCUGAGCCCCAGGACCCACAUACUCAGAAGAACAGAAAGCACAAGACACUGAGUGGUGCCCUCGUCGGCCAAGGGACCCCAAUCGGUCGGAAAGGUACCAACUCAGAAUAUGGUCCUGAAGCCAAGGAACCCGUGUGCCCUCGUCGGCCGCGCCCUCGUCGACCGUGCCCUCGUCAGCCACGCCCUCGUCGGCCACGAAGACCUCACAGAAUCGGACUUUACACUUACUCAUUUGUACAGCCCAUUAGUGGCUUUGUAUUCGGCCCAGUAGCGGUCCAGUUGUAAAUGGGCCUCCCAAGCCCAAGGCUUGGGAGCCCAGCCCGUAUUUUCCCUAUAAAUACUUCCUCUGGAGGUAGUUAUCCGGGUUACAAAAUCAUUCUAUUGAAGCAUAUUAUUGCACUUCUCUCUCUAGCUCUCACUUCUCUCUAGAUAUACUCUAUCAACAAUUAUAAUUCGUAUUACACAUAUGAGUGUUGAAUAGAAAUUAAUUUAAUAUAGUAUUAGGUUUUCAUGGCUACACAAAGAGAACACUCUCACCCCGGGCCCAUAAAAUGUUUUGUAUUGGUGAUGAAACCCGGAGAACAUCGUGCCGAUCAUGUGUGGAAAACUGAAGCGUUGAGAGACUUCAAAGUGAGGUGCAUUACUUUCUCCAAAUCUGCCUACGAUGAUGGCGAACGUCAUCCUAGAGUCGUACAACUGUUGAGGGCAUCAAGCUUUCACGGACCUGAACGAUUAGGAAAAAUCAAUAUUGAUUGAGGUCUUAUCACCGCAUUGGUUGAGAGGUGGAGACCAGAAACACAUGAUUUCCAUUUACCUUUUAGCGAGAUAGGCCUUACAUUGCAAGAUGUACACGUGUUGAUCGGGUUAACAACAUUAGAAUGCUAGCAAUUAAGCGCUUUUCGUUAUCACCGUGGAGCACAGAAAUUGACAUUAGAAUGCUCGGUGGGUUGUUGAUCGCUAGCACUAGCGGUAGAGCGUCGUUGUACUUUCUUGAGUGUUGCAAGACAACUUAGAGAUUAUGACUAGUUGGAGUUGGGGCUCGAUUGUGUUGGCAUAUUUGUACCACAACUUAUGUGAACCGGCGAAUGCGGACAAAGUUUCGGUGGGAGCAUGUUUAGUCCUUCUACAACUCUGGGCAUGGGAGAGGUUGUCGAUGGUUUGACCCCAAGGGGUUCUUCCACUGGAUCACUUAUUCGAUUUGCCUUAUGGUACUAGGUAAACUUCACUGACAUCGGAAAUUUACAUUAUACUCUCUUAUGGUUUUUAUGAUUUGUCUUAUAAGUCGUUAAAUAUAGGUGGGCUUGUCGGCAUAUCAGGUCGAAGACUAGCAGAUUGACUGCACUCAUUUAUAGGGACCAAUUUGACCGAUUAAGGAAGUGAGAGUUUGAAUGGACCCCUUACCCGCUUAUGAGACUUCCACCAGUUUUGCACUGAUGCAUAUAAACUGUGGUCAACUAGAGUUCAACAUAUUUAUUGUUCAUAUUUUGAGGCAUACUAUCCUGGAAGAUUUUAUCGUCAAUUCGGUGCAGUCCGGGAUAUACCAGAUUUGGUGAUUCAUAACGACCACAGAACAGUGCUUACUUUAUUACAGAAUGGGAGGACCGAUGGCAAAAAUUAUAUGUGUUUGACUCGAGUAGAGUGAUAUCCACUGAUGAGUACCGUCAUUGGUUCCAUUACAUGGGCAAGAUACACAUUAACAAUCUCUCACAAGACCGUCCUAGAACCGGAUUUGUUCCAGCUCAUCCCGAAUCAGCUAUCCCAGUUAGUAUUUAAGAGUGUUUAGUAUUCUCAAAUAAUGUAAUAAUUCACAGUAUUAAUUGUAUAAAUUAUAUUGUAGACUAAAUUUUUGGGGGAGGUUGCUCGGGAAAUGCGUGACAGAGGUGACCCUCGAGAUUAUCCGAUGUUGGAGCGAAUCAGGAUUUGCCUAAGGCGAAUAGGUGCAGAAGAAGUGAUGGAUCACGACAUAAUCACAUUUGGAAAUGUUGAUGAAGGACACGCAUCACGCGAUAGCCAUGGCCAACCGAGCACACCCAGAUAUGGGUUACAUGAUGACGAUACAUAUCAUGAUACACCCAUGGAGCCCCCCCGUCCACGGUUGGUAGUACCUGUCACACACAUGAAGUUCCCGAACAUCAGCAGUGGGCUGAUUUUAAUUGGACUGAUUUAUUUGGCAAUGAUCACUUCAGUGGAGCAACCGACGGUGCAGGGCCGAGCUCACAAAAUUAGAGUAAUAAUAUAUUUUUGAAGCAACAAUAUUAGUUUGAUAAUAUCCCUAUGUCAUUUACUCUAAUUAUUUCAACCACCCACAACUACUCUAUUAAUCUGAAUUACCACAUCAACUCAUCUACUUUAUUUACUUCACCUCCACAACUACUCUAUUUAUCUUAACUACCACAUCCACCUCACCUAACUAUACUACUAUAAAUAGGGAGCUCCACCACACUCAUUUUCACCACUCUCAAACAAACUUCUUUCUCUCUACUAUUAUUUCUA